AUAUAAAAGCAUAUAUAGAGUGAGAAGUUAAGGUAAAAAUGCCAGUACACAUUCCCCUACCCAACCAAGACAGAAACAAGCGCGUGGUGGAUGAAAAGCAAGUGAGGAAGAUAUUGAGAGAAGCGGACGUGAACAAUGACAACCAUCUGAGCUGGUCGGAGCUGCAGAAAGCACUCAAGAAACUGGGGGCGAGGUUGCCUCCAUACAGGGCCUGGCGUUGUCUGCGAAACGCCGACGCCAACAACGAUGGACGUAUCAGCCCCUCCGAAAUGGACAACCUUGUUCGUUAUAUCAUGAAUUGGUACAAUGCUUAACGCUGAUCCAUUUCUCGUGUCUCCCUCGGUGUACCUGUGUUCGUGGGCCUACGUAUGGUGCACCAGGGUCAGUAUCAUAUCCGGUUAUGUGUACGUAACAGCUUCAGCUGUCUCUCUGUACAUAUAUAUGGCCGCUGCAGCUAGAGCUAGCUGAAGCCGUGCCUAGCUAGCUACGUAGGAAAUAAACAUAAAUCCUGUGUGUGUUUGUUGUCUCGUGUGUACACAAGUCUACUGUAUAUAUAAA